AUGAGCAAGGUUUCCUCGAGCGGUGGCGGCGGCGACGCCAAGAACACGCUCUAUUGCUCAUUCUGCGGCAAGAGCCAGCACGAGGUCCGCAAGCUGAUUGCCGGGCCGACCGUGUUCAUCUGCGAUGAGUGCGUCGAACUGUGCAUGGACAUCAUCCGCGAGGAGAACAAGUCCUCGAUCUCCAAGUCCAAGGAAGGCGUACCCACGCCGCAGGAGAUCCUGGGCGUCCUCGACGACUAUGUGAUCGGCCAGGAGCGCGCCAAGCGCAUCCUUUCGGUUGCCGUCCACAACCACUACAAGCGCCUCGCCCAUGCCGAGAAGAACGAGGAUGUGGAGCUUGCCAAGUCCAACAUCCUGCUCAUCGGCCCGACCGGCUGCGGCAAGACGCUGCUCGCCCAGACGCUGGCGCGCAUCAUCGACGUGCCGUUCACGAUGGCCGACGCGACCACGCUGACCGAGGCGGGCUAUGUCGGCGAGGAUGUCGAGAACAUCAUUUUGAAGCUGCUCCAGGCGUCCGACUACAAUGUCGAGCGCGCCCAGCGCGGCAUCGUCUAUAUCGACGAGAUCGACAAGAUUUCGCGCAAAUCUGACAAUCCCUCGAUCACCCGCGACGUGUCGGGCGAGGGCGUCCAGCAGGCGCUUUUGAAGAUCAUGGAAGGCACGGUCGCCUCGGUGCCGCCGCAGGGCGGACGCAAGCAUCCGCAGCAGGAGUUCCUGCAGGUCGACACCGCCAACAUCCUGUUCAUCUCGGGCGGCGCCUUCGCCGGCCUCGACAAGAUCAUUUCCGACCGCGGCACCAACACGUCGAUCGGAUUUGCCGCCACCGUCGAGGCCGCCGACGAGCGCAAGACCGGGGAACUGUUCCGCAAGGUCGAGCCCGAAGACCUGUUGCGCUUCGGGCUGAUCCCCGAGUUUGUCGGCCGCCUACCGGUCUUGGCGACGCUUGAGGAUCUCGAUGAGGAAGCGCUGGUGCAAAUCCUGACCGAGCCCAAGAAUGCGCUCGUCAAGCAGUAUCAGCGCCUGUUCGAGAUGGAAAACGUGCAACUGACGUUCCACGAGGACGCCCUGCGGGCCAUCGCCCGGCGCGCCAUCGAGCGCAAGACCGGCGCGCGCGGCCUGCGCUCGAUCAUGGAAACGAUCCUGCUCGACACCAUGUUUGAGCUUCCGGCGCUGGAAGGCGUUCGCGAAGUCGUGAUUUCGGACGAGGUCGUCACCGGCGGCGCGCGGCCGCUCUACAUCUAUUCCGACAAGGAAGACGAGGCCGAGGCCACCGCCGAGAGCGCGUGA